AUGCUGUACCGUCAUGGUUGCUGGCUUGCUUUGGUGGGUUCUGCUGGUGCUGAUUUUGCUACUGCAAAUGGCUUGCGUUGUUUGUUCGAGUUGGAUGAAUGGGUUUCAUGCCCUGUUUUUGUUUACCAAUGUAUUCUUGUCAACAAUUCUGUGGAAGUUAGGGAGGCAAGCGAGCAUGGACUACGGAGUGGCACAUUGAGGACUCGCUCGCUUGCAAAUAUAAGUCUCAUUAAGAGUUUCCUAUCUCUCACAUUGUGGAGCUUCGUGCGAAACCUCGACCUUGUUAAUGUUGGAAACAACGAAGGGCAUCUCAGGUUAUACUACUACCGAUUUCCUAGAUGA